ACCAUCUACUCAUAUUCUGUCCCAAUCCGGCCUCAGAUGACCGCAGUGGCAACUCUUCAAAACCCUCUAACUAAGAAAAGCAACAAAGGCAGAAUCUUCAUAGACUGCGGUAGUCAGCGGAGUUACAUUACUCUGGCAGCUGCAAAAAAGUUAGGCCUGCCUACCCUUCAGGAAGACCUUCUACUAAUUUUUACCUUCGGAGCUUCUGAACCUAUGGAGACAUCGACCCCCUCAACAACGGUUGACAUCCAGACAAAACGUGAUGUUACCAGGCAGUUUACUGUGAACGUCGUACCAAGAAUUACAGACAGGGUUCCGGUGACAUCCUUCAAGUAUCCUGGAGUCGACAUUGUUGCUGAUGAUGAUACAGUUGGAGAGGUUGUUGAUGUGCUCAUUGGGAAUGACUACUUUGGCGCUAUCCUCACAGGAAGAAAGAUCCAGGUGUCCGAAGACUUUUGGUUAUUGGAUACGGAUUUUGGAUGGGUGCCUUCAGGGAAGCUUGCUCCUGAAGAAAGAAGCGGAGUACUCUCAGUGGUCACAUACUGUCAAUGUCAUACUCCUAGCUGCCCAUAUUUCAGCGAGCCAGAUCUGCCUUUAAGAAACAUAGAUGUAAGGUUCUUAUGGUCAUUAGAGAACCUAGGGAUUACGGACUCUCCAAAAGCUACGAGACAAGAAGAAGCAGUUCGUCACUUCAAUGAGACAGUGCAACAUCAGGAAGGCCGGUACUUAGUGAAAUGGCCCUGGAUUGAGUACCCACCAGAUUUGCCAUCAAAUUUUGGGUUGGCCUUAGGUCGACUGAAGAGUAACCUGAAAAGACUAGACUUGCAGUUGAUUAAGGAAUAUGACUUGAUCUUGAAGGAACAACUUGACCUCGGAAUUAUAGAAGUCGUUACUAGAGGGUCAGACUUGAACGGGGACCACCCAAUUCACUACCUCGCCCACCAUAUGGUGAAACAAGAUGGCGGCGGCAAGGGGAGGAUAGUAUACGACGCUAGUGCCAAAAGUACUGGACAGAAAAGCCUCAAUGAGUGCCUUUACAGCGGACCUUCUAUGUUAGAAGACCUAACGGCGUUACUUUUGAAGUUCCGCACGAAGAGGUAUGGCAUACUGGCUGAUGUAGAAAAGGCGUUCCUACAAGUAGCACUUCAAGAGGAUGAUCGCGAUGUCACAAGAUUCCUCUGGUUAAAGGACACAACCAAGGAAGCGACGGAGGAUAACCUGCUAUAUCUGAGGUUCUGCAGAGUACCAUUCGGAGUUGUCGCGAGUCCAUUCUUACUGACAGCAACGAUCCGACAUUACAUAAGCCAGUCAAACAAGGCCUUGCUGAAACAAGUCGCUGACAAAUGCUAUGUGGAUAACCUAGUGACUGGAGCCGAUGGCCUGCAGGAGGCUAAGCAGAUCUAUGAGCAAACCAGAACAGUGUUUGAACAGCUGUCUAUGAAUAUGAGGGACUGGAUCUCAAACAACCAGAGCUUUAUGGACAUGAUACCAGAAUGUCAUAGGUCAGUCAAACAUGGACAGGUCAAAGUGCUUGGACUUAUGUGGAAUGUCGAAGAAGAUACGCUGAAACUGAAUUUGACUGAGAACCACUUCAGCACAAAUCCUCCUAUUGACACAAAAAGAAAAGUUCUUCGGGCUCUAGCACGUGUGUAUGACCCAUGUGGUUUUGUAUGCCCAUUAAUGUUGUCAAUGAAGCUGAUCUUCCAGAAUAUCUGUGAAAAGAAAUGUAAAUGGGAUACAGAACUACCUACGGAGAUGACACAGUCUGUGAAGAAAGUCAUGGAAAGUCUGAAAUCCAUAGUGGACACAGAGGUGCCUAGGUAUAUCGGGACAGAUAUCUCAAGGAGUGAUCUUAAAUAUCACUUACACUGCUUCACAGAUGCCUCCAAAGACGCAUAUGCUGCCGUUAUCUACCUUAAAGUGAUUGAAGAUGGACAAGGAAAAUCAGUCUCGCUUUUGAUGGCAAAAUCACACGUGUCACAGACCAAAGACAAGGAUGAAUUAAAAAUUCCCAAAUUAGAAUUACUAGGAUUUCUGAUUGGAAGCAGACUCCUGAAAUAUGUAAGGAACAACCUUGAUCUUGACAUUGAGAAAGAAUAUUUGUGGUCAGAUAGUUUGGUUGUACUUAGUUGGAUGAGGUCAAACAAACUGCUUCCACCCUUUGUUGCCAACAGGGUAAACGAAAUCAAGCGUGACCAUCCUAACACAGAGAUGUUCUACGUCCACACAAAAGCAAAUCCUGCUGAUAUUGCUACGCGUCCCGAGCUGUUUGGAGAGAAAAGGCAACUUUGGUUUAACGGACCGCAGUUUCUUGCCAAGGAAGAAUCAUGCUGGCCCCAAAAUAGACUCUAUGAGGCACAUCAGAACCUUCUUUCUGUUGGGGAGGUCCUGGGUGACGACCCAGGUGAGCCGACACAGGUAGUACCCAUUGGUGAUGACGCUGACCAGAGUGAGGACCUAGAGCAAGGAAGUCCCAGUGAUCCCGUUGAACUAAUGGAUACCCAGGAUUUGAGCAUGCCUACAGAGAGUGGUGAAUAUCCUACUGAUGGAAACAUGGAACUUGACAAUCCUGAAAAUCAUAGCGAAGGAGACAUCCAGCAGCAGACCAUUGUUGCCAAAAUAGUGUCCGAGAUAAAAUAUCUACAAAGAAAGCACUUCCAAGAAGAACUAGAUGGUAAAAGGACUCAUUUAGCACGAAACCUAGAUCUCUUUGUUGAUGUGGACGGCCUUCUUAGGUGCCGUGGGCGUAUGGCGAACACCACCUGGAGCUAUGACAUGAAGUAUCCGAUACUAUUGCCAAAGAAUUCAGAGUUCACUGACAGAAUCAUAAAGGAGACUCAUGAGAGUAACUACCACGUUGGUGCUCCACAUACAUUGAGUAUCAUCAGGGAACGGUAUUGGAUACCCCAAGGGAAAGCCCAGGUGAUGGUGUUAAAGCGAUGUACCCAGUGUGUCAAACACGGCGGCGGUCCGUAUCGUUUACCAGCCACACCGGCGCUGCCUCCAGAACGAGUAAAUUACAACAGACCCUUUACUUACACUGGUGUUGAUUAUCUAGGACCGUUAUUUGUCAGUACCCAGACUGGUAAAGAGAAACGUUGGGUAGCCUUAUUCACUUGUUUGACAGUAAGAGCAUCUCGAGAUCGUGAAGGACCUCUCGGCUGA